CUAUGGUACGUAUUGAGGAUUGAGCCGAGGUGUGUGUGUUGUGAGUGAUUUUGGGUGUAAAGUCAGAUUUCCAUUAUUCGAUCGAAAUGCCUUAUGAUUUCCCUAUUUUUACUAAAUAAGUAAGAUUUAAACACUUAGGUUUUUUUUAUAAAAGUACUGUGAUAAGUAUGGAUGCUCUGUGUAUUGAAAAUAAUUACAUUUUAUUGAUGUAAUGACAUUGAAGAAAAUAAAAAAAAUGUCAACAAAAUCUCAAAUAUCCACAGAGUUAAGCGACAGCAUCAGUAAUGUCCUGGGUAAAAAUGUUAAAAUACUUUACAAAUCCCUUGUUCGCAUGGAAUCGAGAGGUGAUAAAGUUGAUAACAAAGUAUUGGUUGUGACAUCUUAUAGAAUAUUCAUAACAACAGCCAAAGUUCCAACUAGGGUUGACAAUGGAUUUCACUUGAUGGAAAUAGAGGCAAUUGAAAGUAAAAAGGCAAACCACUUGUCCAUAACACUGAUUCAUGAACACAAACCAGUGUCUAUUCUCAUUGGUGAAGAAAAGCAAUCAGAAGGUGUUAUUAAUGUUAUGCAUGCACUUGUUGCUGCAUUUGACGACUUAUAUCCAAAUGUACCCAUAGAGGAUAUAAUAAGCAAGGUCAAUUUACCAUUUUCACUACAACAUGUAAGCGGCACUAGGAAACAUUCUACUUGUGGGGAUUUCUCUAACCAAUAUGCCGCUAUGUGUGAUCUUUGCCAAACUCCGUUUAGGGCCGAGGUGGCGUGGGACAUUGACACCAUUUACUUGGCGCACGAUAUUAGAAUGCUACAUCUGAAGGACUUCGACCAUUUAGAUCAAAGAGAUCUGAUCCCGCUGCUGAUCGCGUUACAACACAACACAUGGUUCACCGGCGUGUGCGGCGACGGGGUCCGCGUCGGCGGCGAGGCGUGGGAGGCGUUGUCGCGCGUCGUGCGCUGCGCGUCGCCCGCGCCGCAGCGGCUGAGCUGGCGUGCGUCGGCGCUGCGACACGACCACGCGGCGAGAUUAGGACACGCUCUUGUAAGGGCGCGGCGUCGCCCCGCGAUGCAUACUAUAGAUUUCUCGCAGAACCAUAUUGAAGAUAAAGGUGCAAUCAGCAUUCUAUCUGGGUUGGCAUUGAACCCCGACGGGCUGCGACAAAUCUCGCUGUCGCAGUGCGGGCUCACGGGCAAGACAGUGUCGCACCUCGCCGCCAUGCUCAACGACAACCCCUGCCACCUCUCCACGCUGUCGCAUCUCGACCUGUCGCACAACAACCUCAAGGACGAUGUUCACAAUUUAUACAACUUCCUGGCGCAACCCAAUGUACUGACUCAUCUCAAUUUGAUAAACACGGAAACCACAUUAGAAAAUAUGUGGGGCGCUCUGCUACGUGGUUGCGCAGCCCGGCUCUCGGAACUACUAGUGGGUCGCAACCCGUGGUCGGCGGUGCGGCGGCCCAAGGACCCGCCGCCUUCCUUCCGCCAGUUCUUCACCGCCUGCCUCGCGCUCAACACACUCGACUUCUCAUACUGCAAGAUGAUGCCUGAUGCACUCAAGAGCCUGCUACUGGGGCUAGCAUGCAACGAGAGCGCGACGGGCGUGAAGCUGAACCUCUCCGGCGUGCUGUCUUCAUCGCAGGCGGCGCACGUGCUCGAGUCCUGCAUCCACGGCGUGCGCUGUCUGCGGUCGCUCGACCUGUCCGACAACAGUAUGGAAUUAGAACUCUCCGGUAUCGUGCGGGCGAUUGGCAAGAACCACUCAAUUCACCAGCUCUCUCUAAGCAGACUCAGCGGGAAAAGAUCGUACGCGCCACCUUUAAUACAGGCAUUAGUUCACGUUUUACAAGAACCAGACACAGCUUUAAUUUCUUUGGACCUUAGUGAUUGUAAACUGAAGGGUGACCUGUACGGGCUGCUGAACGCGCUGGGCGGCGCGCGGCGGCUGCGCACGCUAGACGUGGGCGGCAACCUGGCCGGCGACGCGGGCGCGCGCCUGCUCGCCAAGGCGCUGCAGUGCAACUGCACGCUGCACACGCUCUACAUCGACAGGAACGCCUUCAGCCUGCAAGGCCUCACGGACAUCGCGACGGCGCUCCGGCGCUCGGUGUCGGUGCGGCGCGUGGAGUUCCCGGGCUGCGACGCGGCGGCCGGCGGCCGCGGCGCCAGCGAGCGCGUCGCCGCCUUGUGGCGCGAACUACAUGAGAGGUUGUCGCACAACUCGGCCCCCGCCACCACGCAUACGCUGCGCGCGCUGGCGCUGGAGCGCGCGUGGGGCGGCGGCGAGGCGGCGGCGGCACUGGCCGCGCAGGCCGCCGCCGCGCUGCCCCCGCCCCCGCUCCCCGCCGCGCUCGAGCGCGCCGCCGCCGCCGCGCACCACCUGCUGCACCAGUACCUGCAGAGAUGCAGCGAAGUGUUCGCGGCGAUGGGCGGCAGCGGCGCGAGCGGCGAGCUAGUCACGCUGCAGGCCGUGCGCGACGCCAUGGCGCCGUGCUCCAACACGCUACAGGACCUGCUCAAUGAAGCUGUAGAGACCCUAGCGCUGUCGGCGUGCGAGGGAGUGGAUAGUGCCGACAGCGACCCGGUGCCGAGCAGCGAAGCUAACAUACCUGAUCUCCUUACGCCUAUAUCACAUUCAGCGAAGUUGGAUUAUUUAAACUUGGCGACCCCGCUCGGCUGCCGGCGGCGCGAGCGCGGCGCGCGGCGCGUGCGGCCCAAGUCCGUGGCCGAGCAGCAGUGCUCCAGCAACGAGAUGCUGUCGCUGCCGCCGCUGCACGGCGAGGCGGGCGACGCGCUCGCCGACCUGCCCGCCAACAAGCUGCGACACCUAGUCAAGGGUCGUCCAAGAAGAUUAAAAACUAGAGCACCAUCUCGACCUAUCACGGAUCAAUCGCAGGACAUAGACGAAGGGCUAGACGAAUUCUGGCGCACGUGCCGCACGCCGCCGGGCAGCGAGGAGGCGUCGCUGUCGGCGCGCACGCCGCUCACGUCGCGCUCGCUGCACUCGCUGUCGUCGCUGGCCUCGCCCUCGCCGCUGCGCCGCUCGCCCACGCUGCCGAGGGACGACACCAUGUACAGCGUGACAUCGGGCGAAAGCACACCAGUUUUAUUAGAAUGCGAAGUGUCGCGUUGCAAAUCUUCGGACAACGUGGGCGCCAAGGCGCCGACCACCCCACCGCCGUCGCGGUCGUCGGACGACGUCAAUGCUAUGGGGAACGGGUGCGCGCGCACGCCCGGCAAGGCGCGGCCUUGGUCCGUCGCCGGCGUCAACACGGACAACGCCGCGUGUACCACAGAGGGCGUGGAGGCGUGCGUCGGCGGCAGCAUCGUCGGCAUCACGCCGGGCGCCGCACUAACCAGUUCAAUGCUACGAGAUCAUCCGAUUACUCCAGAAGAAGGAGCCGAAGCCUAAGCGACGCGCAUCGCGUUGCGAUGAGUUUAUCGUGAUAAGUCGAGCAGGGUUCAAUGUCCAGAUAUUGCAGACACACGGAUUAUUCUCGGAUGCUCACUAUUGUGCCAGUUAGAAUAAUAACAUUUUAGACUCUAGCUACUGAAUAGUCAUUCUAAUUGUAUGAACUAACUGAUCGCCAUCUAUUAUAGGAUACUUAUGCCCGAUGGUUAAAUUAACCGGCAUUUGUGAACUAAUAAAAUGACAAAAGAUAAUUAUUCUUUCAAAUAUAAUAAGAUUAUAAUAAUAGUAUCUUGAAAAGUGAAUAACCAUUUAUAUUUACUGUGAUUGAGUUAGUAUUACGCGUUUAGUUUACUAAUAUAUUAUAGUCAUGCUUAAUUUAUACAUUUUAUUGAUUGUUAUUAUCAGUUUUGUUAUGGAUUUUUGUUUAUAUAAAGAGAAAAUCGGUAUAAAGGUAUGAAAUUGGUCUUGCCUAGUCACGUUUAAAAGGCCUACAAUUACGCACAAUUACUUUAUAAAACGUUCUUAUUACAAAUUGUAGAAUAUAUUGAGACUUCCAAUCGAUUUCACGAUAUAAAUAGUUAUCUUCCAAUUUUACAUUCCUUUUUAUAAUGUAAAGUAGCAGUCAAGUAUUUUAAAAAUUAUGAACAAGUGUGAUUUUUAAAAUAAAGUUCAAAACGUGAGGUAAUUUUAAGACUUAGUAGACUUGGAGUGAUGUAAAGGUUCAAUUUUACGAUAAUUUGGUAAACGUAGAGCUCGCCCCGUACAUUUUAAGUGUUCAUUAGAAUAACUACUUAUAAAAUCAAAUUACAUUCAUUUAUCUUUAUUUGUAGGUAUGUAAAAAACUGAUGAAAACUAUGUAGAUGUAUAUUGCUAAAUUAUUUGAUAGUAUUUUUAUAUUCAUUCCAAUUAUUUGAUGGUUUUAUCCAGCUCUUUGGUACCAGACUGAUUUGAAGGUACUUUUAUUUUAUGGUGCAAUUUUAUGUCUAGAGCGUUGUGAUAAUCUGUUUACAAUUACAUAUAAUAUUCAAA